AUGAUAUGGCGGUUGGCACGGUGUACGGGCGCAUUUGCUCUUCAGAGAGCCGAGACUCCCCCACCCACCCAGCUGACCAGUACUCCUGGUAGAAAGACGGCCUUCCUGUUCGGUGCUGAUGCUAUCACCUCUGUUAUACUAAAGCUUGAGAGUUAUCAAGCUAUUAGAAGCCUCGGGUUCACAAAGGAAUACAUCAAACAUGAGUUGGUAGAGAAGAACAGCCCUUACUGGCUGAUACUCUUCAAGCCCUCAAAGGAGCAGGAGGACCUCAUAUUGCCAGCCACAUGGGAUGGAGUAACACACAUUGUGAGCUCUCUCUAUCCCCAUGCCCACCACAACCUUCUUGAGUAUCUCGAGACACAAAAAAACACAGCUUUCAGGAAGUUUGAAAAACAAGCAGGUUUCAAGUUCUUGGAGUGCAGGAGAAAUGAACAGGGGACUUUCCCUCACAAGAAUUUUACUGCAGUCUCCUGCAGCCUCGAACUGCACUGCAAGUUAGACUCUUUCUCUACUAGCAUAAACGAGUUGGCCGACUACUGCGAGAGGAACUGCAUCAAGACGGGGCAGAGUACUCAGGCACUGGAGGACACGAAGAAGUACUACCAGGUGAACAUGCUGGCCACGGGUAUGCUGGAGCUCCUGGACAAACAGAUGCAGCACCUGGGCGAGAUGGAGGCUAACGUCAGCCAUAUCUCUCAGCUCCAGGUGGUCCUCCACCUCCUGGUCCCCUGGCCCCGCCCCCUCCCUCUGGAGCCCCUCCUCCUCCCCCUGCUGGAGGGGGACCUGGUACCUCCUCCUCCUCCUCCACCUCCUCCCCCAAUGGGGGGAACCAAGAAGUUUGAUAGGUCCACAGUCUCCCCCAAACCGGAGGACAAGCCGAAGCCAAAGGUGCAGCCCCAGCUGUCGUCAGGAGGAGGUGGAGGCUUCGGGCCGUUUGGAUUUGACCCUUCGUCAGUGAAACUCAAGAAGACCUCUGGUCGCCGUGGGGCCUCUACUCUGCCUAAAGACUCACCUACACCUGGAAGUCCCUCCUCACCCCGAGACAGUGCCACUCCACCUGCCCCUGCCCCUGUAAUUGGGGGUCCUAACUGGAGCAAGGCCCGACCCUCACCCAUCGUGGCCCAGAAACCGAGACGAGACAGUUUCAAGAGAGAUAGCUCCACCAGUGGAGGGGUACCUGCCACACCCCCUCCUCCUCCCCCUGGUGAGUCCAGAAAGACCACACCCCCAGCCACCCAACCCACUGCUCCAAAACCAAAAUCCAGGGAGCCACCUGGCCCCGCCCCCUUCAACCCGGAGGACAUCUUGAAGGCACGACUGAGCAGCCGGAAGGGGUCCAAGGCCCCAGUGGACCUCCCUCCCCCUCCCCCUCCCUCUGAACCUGACUGGGCCCCCAAGAAAUACCUCGAGAAAGUGAAGGCCAUCUAUGACUACACCAAAGACAGAGACGACGAGUUGACCUUUGUCACGGGAGAAAUCAUCUACAUCGUGAAGAAGAAUGACGACGGGUGGUACGAGGGAGUAACGAACGGAGUCAACGGGUUGUUCCCUGGCAAUUAUGUGGAGACCGUGUCACCCGGCAAUAUGAAUGAAUAGGUUUUUUCACCUCAGAAUAGACAAUUGUUAUUAUUACACUCCUCCUAUAUAUAGUAACUGAUAUGACACUCAUUUUGUUGCAUACACUAGAUUUGUGUGUAGUGUAAUGUGUUUAGUGUGUUUUGAACGUAGAGUAUUAACCCUCAAUGGUCUGUUAUGUACCAUUUGUGGCACUAUGCACAUGUGUACACAUGUGUCAACAACAUGUACAUGUGUGUCAACGAGGUAACAAGGUAGAAAGGCAAGGCAAAGCAAUU